AUGGCAAAUACGAAUUUAAUUAUUCAAUGCCUCCUCGGAAUACAAUGCAAGGAGUUCACAAUCAUCGCCGCAGAUCAGAUGAACACACAAAGCUUCAUUAUUAUGAAAGAUGAUGCGGAUAAGAUCAUUGAAAUCUCAGAGGGACUGGUAAUAGGUGUGAAUGGAGACGCGGCAGAUACGACGCAGUUCACUCAGUACGUUGAUAAGAAUUUGCAGCUGUAUUCGAUGAAAAAUAAGUAUCAACUCGACACACCAGCGGUUGUGCACUUCAUGAGGAAGAGCAUGGCGGAUUCUCUGCGAGAUGGGAAUCCACGUAUAUUAAACAUGUUAAUUGCGGGAUAUGACGAUGAUAACGGCUGCCAGUUGUACACAAUGGACUUUUUGGCAUCCUGCAUGAAGGUUCCGUACGCGGCUCAUGGUCUCGGCGGACUAUUCAGCAUUUCAAUUCUUAAUCAUUAUUAUAAACCAAGUUUAUCGGAAGUCGAAGCGUAUGAGGUAAUCAAGCUGUGCGUCCAUACGAUCCAGAAGCGGUUGUUCAUUACGCUGCCAAACUUUCUUGUGAAAACUUUGUCCAAAGAUGGCGUUAAAAUACUUCCCGCUAUCAAUCCAGCCAGUUUUAUAAAAUCGUGAACAUGUUUAUU